GAGAAACGAGCAUUAUGGGAAUAGUAGUCUUAUGCUAAGUUUAGCAACCGGCUAACUACCAACUUCUCAGCGGCAUUCUUGACAACUGUCGCCUACAACUUCAGUAUGCAACACGGGCUGUGUAUAGAUGGCGGAGAGCAAUGACUGAGGAGUUUGAUGAAGAUGUGGUAUUUGAGAACUCCCCUCUUUUCCAGUACCUGCAUGAUCUAGGGCACACAGACUUUGAGGCAUGUCCAACGGCAUCACAGGAGGACGAAUAUGGCGGAGACCUCACCCCUUCCGACGAAGAUCCGCACAAAACUUCAGGCGGUCGCCUAUGGAGACUGGCUGAAGCGUUGUGGAGAUGGAGUCCGAAUCAGCAGGCUGCAUCUCGUAAGAUGGGCCAGCAGCUGGAUGGUGUAUUCGGCCAGUACUCGGUGAAGUGCAUUCUGGACCAGGAUGUGCUGCUGCAGGAGGACGUGGAGCUCAUCGAGCUGUUGGACCCCAGUCUGCUGACCCUCAGCUCGUCUGCCUCCGGAUCAUCAAGCCGAGCGAGCACUCUGCCCCGACCCAGCCUCAUCGCCAAGCCCUCCCUACGGGACAUGGCGGGUCUGGUGGGCCUGGCUGUGGUGCUGCUGGGGCUCUGCUCCGUGUCUGGGGGCUUGUGGUCGCUGGCUGCGGCCCCGUGGGGCCUGGCUCUGCUGGGCUGGGGGGGGCUGAGGGGGGUCACGCUGUGGAGACAGGGCCGCAUGGAGAGAGCUGUCCACACGCGGGCCGCGCAGCUUCAGACUCUCGUCCACAACAGUAAGACUCUGACCGGGCUGUCCCGCAAAGCCCUGCGCCUGGUGCAGGAGACGGAGGUCAUCUCCAGAGGGUUCACCCUGGUGAGUGCAGCCGGCUCCUUUAGCAGGGCGGGACCGGGGGUGGUGCCACGAGGCCAGCAGCUGAUCGGACUGAGGAAGGCUCUGUACCGGGCCCUCCGCACCGCCUUCAGAGCCUCACGUAGAGCCACCUGUCACAUGCUCAAGGCGUUCCCUCUGAACUCUGAGAUUGAUAAUGUGACCAACUACGUGUCUGCGGUGCCUCUGAAGGAGCUGGGGCUCGGCCUGGGGAUCGAGCACCUGGGGGACGAGCAGGCCCAGGAGCUGACGGACGACUACAGCCUGCCGGCCCUGAAGAUGCUGUUCCAGCUGUGGGUGGGACAGAGCUCUGAAUGUUUCCGUCGCAUGGCUCUUCUCCUGUCACCCCGAAGAAUCGAGGAUCCAGAAGAGGGUACGCCCAACGGAGACACAUCACCUUCUCCUCCUCCUCCUCCUCCUCCUCCUGCCCCCCCGCUGCACCGCUCCAUUGUGGCAGUGACGGAGCCCCUCCAUCACGCUCUGGCCAGCUGCCUCUGCGAAGUGCAGCGCAGCUUUGACUUCCAUCGACACUUUGAGACACAGCUGAGGACACCGACAGGCUCCGACAAGACGGGGACAGUCAGGGAGAAAUGCAGAGAGCUCAACACCCUGCACACCUCCAUCAGAAGCCUACAGCUGCACCUCAAGGCCCUGCUCAGCGAGUGAGACACACACACACACACACACACACACACA